CCCUCCCCCAAACCUAACAAAAAAUACAAAAAAUUUAUCAAAGCACGCCUGGCGAAUUGAUAUUGAUUGCGCGCUUUUCUUCAAUUGGCAAACAAUUGAAUAACAACAAAUAGUAUUUUGCCCUCCAUUAACGGAGGCUCAUCUCAUCCCGUAUUUGUUGUUAUUUAUUGUUGUGAAAAGAGUGAACGAGAGCGGGACAGGGUGGAACAAGAGAGGAAGAGAGAGGCCACAUAAAGCACGGCAAUUGACAGCACGUUACGUAUACGCCUCUUACGCCCCGCACUUAGCAUUUGUUUGCCAAGUUUGGUGUGUGCUGCAGUGUGUAUAAAAUUAAUAAAAAAAAACAAUUAAAUGCAAAAAAGAGAAACAUUGCUGAGCAAUUUAUUUGAUGACCUAAAAGGCAGGAAGACAAUAAAAGAAACAGAGAAAGUGAACAUAAACAAAGCCAAAUGUAUAGCUUAUAAAGCUUUUCAUCUCUGAUAAAAGUGCAUAACAGUGUUAGAAGUAAUUGUAAUUGCUUAAAAUAUGAAAAACAAAUUACCAAAAUCUUUCUAAAUAGCUUAAAAAUCAUUUUUGUAUCGCUGAAUUAUUCUUUUAAUAUGAAACUCGUAAAACAAAAACGAGGAAUCAAUUUUGGAACAGAAUGUUUAAAGAACCAAGUGCUAUAAAGUUCAGAUCCAAAUAAACAAUAACAAAAUAAAAAAAAAAAAACAUGAAAAUGUAUAUAGAAAGUGCUUAGCAUGUACUAUUUAUAAAAAGUUUAAGGUCAGCAGAAAAGACGCGAAAUGGCAGCCGAAUAAAAAGUCGAAAGCUGGCAAAAUGAAAACGAGACUUUAUAAACAUAAACAGACAAAACGAAGAGCAGGGAAAUGUUUAAGGGUGUUUUUGCUUUAGUAGGCCCACAGAAUGGAGUUUGAAGUGAGCAGAAAAUCAAUAACAAAAAUAAAAAACAAACGAAAAGUCAACAGCUUGCUGGUAAUAUAAGCUGAACAAUGACUGAAAAAACAAACAGACGAAUGCAUUUCAUAAAGGGCAGAUAAUUAACAACAUAAUAAACAAUGAAAUAAAAGAAAACAAAGUGAAAAGAGUUAGCAGCCAAACAAAACGAAGAGUGAAGUAAUUUAUGUAGGGGUGCUUUUUCCAUAAACUCAACAAUACCUCAAGUUGCACUGCCGAGAAAGGAGUUUGAAGUGAGCAGAAAAUCAAUAUACGACUUCCUUUUGCUCGCUUCCUGACUUGCAGCCAAAAAGCAGAAGGCCCAAAAGGCACACCCCCAAAAACCAACAAAGCAGUAGAACAAUAGCGGAAGCGAAUCAAUUGUUUUGCCCAGAAAUAUUCGACAAACUGCAGUGACACAAUUUUGGUCGAAAGCCACUCGACCAUAAAGAAAAAACUGUCAUCCGCCCAGCUCACUCAAUAUAUUUUUGGUUUCCGCUCUUGUUUUUUCCUUUUGGUUUAUGUUCUUUCAUUUUUUUUCGUUUCUUGGUUAAGAACAUUUAGCACAGCAAACUAAAUUUAGCCAGCACGACGUCAACAGCGAUGAGAACUUACAAAAUCUGUCGCCAACUGCAGGCAAACUUUGCGGCCGCGUAGCAGCAGGAAAUGUCCCACGACUAUCAAUAGCAGACUCGCUUCUCUGCCCAAAAUCAAUCCAAAUCCAAAACAAAAACCAAGUCGAAUCAAACCAAUACAGAGCAGAAGCAAGAGCCAAAGAGGAGAAUCCGCAUCAGUUCCUAUGCAGCUAUAUCCGAGUUUAAAUGAAAUUGAGCAAGAGCCUGGCAAACUGUCGCGCCAUCCGGCGCUAUUUGCUCAUCUUCACGGCCGUAUCUCUGCUGCUCCUGCCCCUCUCCCUGGUUUACCUGGUGUGGAACGAGCAGCUGCAGAAGAUCCGAGGAUUCGAGCAGCAGUCGCCACAGCAGCCGCAGCAGCAACAGCAACAGCAGCAGGAGCAGCAGCAGCCGCAGCAGCAUGGCCAGUUUCCGUACCCGGUGGUCCGGUAUCCGGUGCUGCUGCUCAACAAGAACAAGAACAAGGACCUGACCGUCGUGGCAACGGGCAAGACCAAGAACAAGUGGCGCUAUGUUGAUAAAGACAGCAACCAGACGCUCCUGCCCCUCAUCCCCGAGUAUGCCGUGCAGACACUUACGCCGCAGGAAAUGCUCCAGGUGGAGCAGCGGAUGGACCAGCGCAGGGAGCGGCUGAAGGACAAAUGCUCCGCCUACGGCCUGGAUGUCCUAGGUCACGACUCCUGGCACACCCCAAACACGUGGGAAUUUUUGGUCAACAAAAAGUAUCACAUUAUCUGGUGCAAUGUCUUUAAGGCAGCAUCUUCGUCCUGGAUGUUCAACUUCAAUGUCCUGGCCGGAUACUCACCCAGCUAUUUGCGCAAAACGAAAAAGAUUCUCCUCAAUCUGGCCAGGGAGCGUUAUCCCCGGGUGACCCUCGACGAGCUGCGUGAGGCACAGAACUACUCGCUGACCUUCAUCAUCGCACGCGAUCCCUUCGAGCGGCUGUUAAGUGCUUAUCGGGACAAGAUGGUGUUUGCCCUUCCCUACUCCUUCCACGAUAAGUUGGGACGGAGUAUUGUGCGCAAUUAUCGCAAGAAGCCCUCGUUGGCUGCUCGGGCGGCCAACACGAAGUUCCCCUCGUUCCCGGAGUUUGUGCACUGGCUGCUCGACCAGGUGAAGCGCGGCAGCUUCAUCGACAUGCACUUCGUGGCCGCCACCUCCUUCUGCACACCCUGCCUCAUCCGGUUCGACAUGAUACUGAAGUUCGAGUCGCUGGCGGAGGAUCAAUUAUAUCUAAUCGAAAAGACUGGCCUGAAGCGGGUUAUAGCGCCCGUGUGGCGUAACAUGGGCAAGGGCCGCAAAACGCACGAGCUCCAGCAGCAGUUUUACGCUCAGCUGACCCGUCAGGAAAUGCUGGAGCUUUACGAGUAUUACAAAUACGACUUUGAGCUGUUUGAUUAUGACAUACAGGAGUAUCUGCAGGUGGCCCUGCCGGAUGAGGCCGAAAGUCCGGCGGGCACAAAAAAUUAACCCAGCUCUGAACUCUUAGACUUUGCUAAAAACCAAUGAAUCAAGUUCAACGAACUCACAUAUUAGCCGUCACAGUACGUAAUUGCAAAUGUUGAUAAUACUGAAGGAAAACAAUAAUAAACUUAACUAUAUUUAAA